GUGGCUGCAAAUGAAAGAUGAGAAACAUUUUGAAACUGUUUGAUUGAAAAAAGAUGGUUAAUUUCUGCAAAAUACUUUUGGAAAUCAACAGAUCAGGCAGCAAAUGUGGAGAGGAAUAAAUAGAGAACGUUUAGGCCGAGUCCCUUCAGCAUUCCUAGAAUAUGUACUCCUCUGCUUAGUUGCUGCCAGCAUUUUGUGUGUGUGGGCGUCUCAGUAUUUCCAGCAACUUCAGAAUCUUUUGUAUUUCAUAUCUGCAUUUGUAAGAGGAUUGUACCUUGGCAUUAGAUACACGGACUACCUGUUGGUAUUGAGUAUAUUGCUUAUGGGAGCCGCCAACACAUGGACAUGGAACCAGUGCUUGCAGAAACGUUUAAUGAUACCGUGAUCACGCAUGAGCCCCGCCGGCCUUGAGAAUUUCGCCGUCGCCGCAGUACCGAUCAAAUGCGCAGGCGUCAGGGUUGUUGACGGUGCCGAAAAUCACGCAUGCGCGCUGUACACAAAAGGCUUCGGAAUGAUCGGAGAAGGUUAAAAACAACAAGGAAUUUAUCUAUGGGAAUCUCAAACACAACCCACCAGUUUUGCUGUCUCUGUCCAGAUACUUAAGAAGUGGAGCAAGGGAUUCACUCGAUCAUCCUUCCUGCUCAGACCGUGGGGAAGGAUUCACUCGAUCAUCUGACUGACUGACAUGCCCAUCAUUUUACACAGGGGGGAACCCAUUCAUCUGCUCAGACAGUGGGAAUGGAUUCAGUCGGUCAUUUCAGCUGAAGGUACAUUAGCAAAUUCACACUGGGACAAGGCCAUUCACCUGUUCUGUGUGUGAGAAGGGAUUCAGUCAGUCUUCCCAUCUGUGGACACACCAGUCGGUUCACACUGGGCGGAGGCUGGUCAUCUGCUGAAUUUGUGGGGAAGGAUUCAGUCGGUCAUCUGACCUAAUGGCUCACCAGCGAGUUCACACCAGAGAACAGCCGUUCACCUGUUCAGACUGUGGGAAGGGAUUUAAUUGGUCAUCGAAACUGAAGGAACAUCAGAGAGUUCACACUGGGGAGAGGCCGUUCACCUGCUCAGUCUGUGGGAAGGGAUUCACUUGCUCAUCUAAACUGAAGGUACAUCAGAGAGUUCACACUGGAGAGAGGCCGUUCACAUGCUCAGACUGUGGGAAGGGAUUUACUUGUUCAUCGGGACUGAAGGAACAUCAGAGAGUUCACACUGGAGAGAGACCAUUCACAUGCUCAGUCUGUGGGAAGGGAUUCACUAAAUCAUCUCAGCUACUGAGACAUCAGUCAGUUCACACUGCAGAAAGGGAUUUCACCUGCUCAGACUGCGGGAAGAGAUUCACUCACUCUUCCACCCUACAGAGACACCAGUCAGUUCACACUGGGGAGAAGCCAUUCACCUGCUCAGACUGUGGGAAGGGAUUCACUCGGUUGUUUCAACUGAAGGUACAUCAGAGACUUCACACUGGGGAGAGGCUGUUCACUUGCUCAGAUUGUGGGAAGGGAUUCACUCGGUCAGCCGACCUGCUGGGACACCAGUCAGUUCACAUUGGGGAGAAGCCGUUCACCUGCUGUCAAUGUGGGAAGGGAUUCACUCGGUCAUCCACCCUACAGCGACACCAGCAAGUUCACACUGGUGAGAGGCCGUUCACAUGCACAGUCUGUGGGAAGGGAUUCACUCAAUCAUCAACCCUACAGAUACACCAGCGAGUUCAUGUUGGGGAGAGGCCGUUUAAAUGCUCAGACUGUGGGAAGGGAUUCACUUCAUCAUCUCAUCUACUGACGCACCAGUCAGUUCAUACUGGGGAGAGGCCGUUCACCUGCUCAGUCUGUGGGAAGGGAUUCAGUCAGUCAUCUAACCUACAGAGACACCAGCGAGAUCACACUGGGGAGAAGCCGUUCACCUGCUCAGUCUGUGGGAAGGGAUUCGCUCGGUCAUCCACCCUACAGAGUCACCAGCAUGUUCACACUGGGGAGAGGCCGUUCACCUGUUUGUUGUGUGGGAAGGGAUUCACUCAGUUACCUAACCUACAAGCACACAAGUCAGUUCACACUGGAGAGAGGCGGUUUACCUGCUCAGAUUGUGGGAAAGGAUUCACUUCGUCAUCUCAGCUGAAGGAACAUCAGCGAGUUCACACUGGGGAGAGGCCGUUCACCUGCUCAGACUGUGGGAAAGGAUUCACUUCGUCAUCUCAACUUAAGGUACAUCAGAGAGUUCAUACUGGGGAGAAGCCGUACACCUGCUCAGACUGUGGGAAGGGAUUCACUCAAUCAUCAACACUACAGGUACACCAGCGAGUUCAUACUGGGGAGAGGCCGUUUAAAUGCUCAGACUGUGGGAAGAGAUUCACUCUGUCAUCUCACCUACUGACACACCAGAGAGUUCAUACUGGGGAGAGGCCGUUCACCUGCUCAGACUGUGGGAAGGGUUUCACUCAAUCGUCAACCCUACAGAUACACCAGCGAGUUCACACUGGGGAGAGGCCAUUUAAAUGCGCAGACUGUGGGAAAGGAUUCACUUCAUCAUCUCACCUACUGACACACCAGUCAGUUCAUACCAGGGAGAGGCCAUUCACUUGCUCAGUCUGUGGGAAGGGUUUCACUCAGGCAUCUCACCUAAAGAGACACCAACGAGAUCACACUGGGGAGAAGCCAUUCACCUGCUCAGACUGUGGGAAGGGAUUCACUCAAUCAUCCGAACUACUGGGACACCAGUCAGUUCACACUGGGGAGUGGCGUUUCACCUGCUGUGAAUGUGGGAAGGGAUUCACUCGGUCAUCCCAACUACUGGCACACCAGCGAAUUCACACUGGGGAGAGGCCGUUCACCUGCUGUGAAUGUGGAAAAGGAUUCAAGCGGUCAUCUCAUCUACAGAGACACCAGUCAGUUCAUACUGGGGAGAGGCCAUUCACCUGCUGUGAAUGUGGGAAGGCAUUCACACGAUCAUCUCAUUUACUGAGACACCAGCGAGUUCACACCUUUGUCUGACGUAUUGAGCUAAUGGUUCCAGAUAUAAUGUGAGGAGAAGCGGUGACCAUGCACAACCCUGUCUCGUGCCCCUUUGUAAGAUUGAGUAAAACUGCUGCUGGAUCCCAGAAUGUGCUAGAUUGUGUCUGGUUUCUCUUGGCAUUUUCUGCAUUUAUUGCGUGGUUUGUAUGUCUUUUACGUAUUUUUGAUUUGUUUUUAAAAUGUUAACCACAUUGUCCGGUAUUUCCCCAAGGUACCCCUGUUUCUGGUAAGAGGUCUCCAACUCUGAUUCGGGCACUCGAUGCUUCCUGGUCACCAUCUUGUUUGCUCAGAUCAUUGGGAUGUCUCCCAUAGAGGGUUGCACUUAUUCCACUGGUUAAUGUUUUCUUCCAUAGUGAUGAUUCAUUUUUCUGAGUUGGCCUCGCAUUUAAGUUUUCUGGUCUGUAUUUCUUAUCAGAAUUGCGUAUACCUGCAUAGUGUGCUGAAUACUGUUUAUUUUGUAUGAAAAUAUAUACUUUAGAAAUCUUAUCAGACUUGUAAACGUAACUUUCCUGGAUUAAAUAACGACAGCACAAAAAGAUCGUUACUUUUCACCCGUUUAUUUCUUUCAGCUCAGCUGGCGAGUAAACUUGGACCCGACAUCAGGGAGACAAUCGUUUGUCAUCCCCCCGGCGGUUCUACAAGUUCACUGCCUGAUGUCAGAAUUGUUAGAAGUUAUAAGGCCACCGAUACAAAAGAACAAUC